ACCAGAGAGAAUAACUACAACAAUGUACCACGAGAACAAUACAGAGCACCACGGAUACAGUGCACCAACGAGCAGAGUACUAGAGGAGUGCACCGAGAGUUACAAUGCAUCGCGAGUGCAGCAAAACACAGUAGGUGCAGCACACCAAGCACCACCAAGCCCCUUCUGCUCAGCAGGCGUACGUACACCUUACGUCACGUAGUCGCCGGCCUCGAGAGGUCGGUCUCCUCACCUCACAGGUAGAAGUACCAGGUCACUCGCGUGUCCCUUUCUGGCCCCGAUCGACAGGAGAUGGGACACGAGGCCGCACGCAGUCGCUUGCCGCGUGCAGAUUAGGAGAAGGUUCAGUGGGAAGGAUUUUUAUUCACCUGCUGCAGCUGAUACACCUGAGAGCCGAGCAACACAACCGGUUAGGCAGCCGUUAGGAACACGAGGAGGUGCUGAGAACGGAUCUCGCAUUGGGCUAUAAUCUGUGCUUACCGGCAGCAAGAUCCCCUUUGGCGAGGACAAAGAGGUCAACAGCAUGGUGACCGAAGAGGAUGACCACGUGACCAAAAGACAAGGCGCUAAGAAGAGUCUAGUGUGUGCUCUGCUCGUCUUGGCGACGAUGGCGAUCUCACUCACGGCUGGUCUUUUGUUUCACUUUUAUUAUCCCAGAGAACAGUCGGAGGAGAUUCUGGUGGAAGCCCCGUUUGUUGAUUGCCAGCCAGAGAAAGUAUCCGCACCCGAUGCCGAUGAAGAGAUCUGCAAAAGCCGAGGUUGUGUCUGGCGACCAAAGCACAGUGGAAAGCUUCCGAAAUGCAUCUACCCUCAGGAUACGGAUACAAAGUAAUAGACACAAUCAACAUUCUCUGAAUCGGGUGCGCGAGUAAAACUAACCCCUUCACAUCAGGGCACAGUGUACGGGAUGACCCCCUUCUUGACGCUAUUUAUGGACGCGGAGUAUCAAACCGACAACCGGCUGAGGAUAAAGAUUUAUCCAGACGUCGAGCGAUUCGAAGUUCCCAACGAGGCGCUGAAUAUUGAGUCUCCUGCGCAUGCUCCCAAGAACUCCACCAGACUAUAUGACGUCACGAUUAUCACUAAGCCCAUAUUUGGAGUGGUAGUUCAAAGAAGGUCAACAAAUGUCACCGUGUUUAACACGACGCUUCUUGGCUUCGUGGUCGCUGACCAGUUUCUGCAGAUCACCACCCGUCUGAGCAACAGCUACGUCUACGGCUUUGGGGAACACCGCCACGAGACCUUCCGGCACGACAUGAACUGGCGCACGUGGUCCAUCUUCACGCGCGACAAUUCCCCGGAUAACGACUGGAACAUUUAUGGUGCUCACCCAGUUUACAUGAACGUCGAGGAUGAUGGCAAAGCAAACAUGGUUUUCCUGAAGAACAGCAACGCCAUGGAGAUCACUCUACAGCCUGACCCUACGCCAGCCAUAACAUUCCGAACCAUCGGAGGAGUCCUUGAUUUUUACAUUUUCCUCGGGUCGUCGCCAGGUGACGCUCUGAGCCACUACACUGAGGCGAUUGGCAGGCCGUGUUACCCCCUUACUGGGCUUUGGAUUCCUUACGACGUUCAAUGGGCAGACAUAGACUGCUUGUUCAACAAGUAUGUCUUCACCUACGACAGAACCAACUGGACAGGUCUUCCGGCGCUAGUUGACAAUCUGCACGCUCAUCACCAACACUUCGUUAUCAUUGUGGACCCCGGUGUAGGCGCCAACCUGACCAUCAACGCCAUGGCUAAAAACAACAGCCCAGGCUACGCCAUGUUCGAAGACGGUGAAGCAGCGGAUAUUUUUGUCAAGGAUUCCAGCGGCAAGACUUUGAUUGGAGAGGUGUGGCCAGGUGUCACAGCAUACCCCGACUAUACCAACAUCUCUGUGUUACCAUGGUUCGAGAAAUAUGUCCGGUUCUUUCGCGAGGAGGAAGGCGUUCAAGUGGAUGCAUUGUGGAUCGAUAUGAAUGAACCAUCCAGCUUUGUAGCAGGGUCUACACAAGGCUGUGAAAAAACGCAGUGGGACUAUCCACCGUAUGUCCCGAAUAUUCUUGGUGCUAGUCCGGAGGGAAAGAUGUUCGAUAAGACCAUGUGCAUGACUGCGCAGCACUCUUGGGGCAGACACUACGACGUGCACAGUCUGUAUGCCCACUCCAUGGCAAUGAGGACCGUCAGUGUCCUACGAGACAUUUUUCCGGGCAAGCGGCCAUGGACCAUGACGAGGUCAUCCUUUGCAGGGACUGGGCACUACGCUACCAAGUGGACUGGUGAUAACAGGUCGCACUGGCGCGAAAUGCACUGGUCCAUCAUCGGUAUCAUGGAGUUUGGAUUAUUUGGAUUUGCGCUGAAUGGCGCAGAUAUUGCGGGUUUUGGUACGAGACAACCUACGAGCUAUGUAUUCGCUGGCAUCAGCUGGGUGCAUUCUACCCCUUUGCCCGCAACCACAACGGCCGAGGCGAUCCACCUGUCAUUUUCAGGCAUCAAGACCCAGCCUCGUUUGACCAGCGGUUUGUGGACAUCAUCAAACGACCCCUGACAGUUCGAUACAAACUCCUGCCGUAUCUAUACACCCUCAUGUACCGGGCCAACAAGUACGGAGAUACUGUACUCAGGCCACUGAUGUUCGAGUUUCCUGAAGACCUGGACGCCAGAGAUAUAGAUCGUCAGUUCCUGCUCGGUCCUGCGCUGCUGCUCUCCCCUGUUCUGACCGAG